GGUGGAUUGUUGAGUGUUUCUAUGAAAAUUAGGCGCGCGAAUGUCAGCAACGUCCGAAAUCAAUGAACCCGGACUCUGCCUCGAAAUCAGAAAAAUUCUUUUGUGGAUGUUGCGCCAAGCAGGAGGAGUUCAACAGCGACGACGUGAUCUUUGAUUAUUUCGGCAAGGAGUUUUCCGAGUAUGAGUAUGUGAUUGAAAAUUUGGCCAUCCGACCCGCUCCGAAGAAGCUUUUGGACUUGGUUCCGGUGCAUUCUACCAACAUUUCCAGCAAAAUCAGCUCGCAACUCGCUACAGCGUAUCCUCCUUGCGAACCCUUGCAAUCCACCUCCAAAGUGAUGUGCCAUAAUCCAUCAGCAACGGGAGAAGGAGAUUCACGCAAGUCCCCGGACAAUUCGCUGAAAAUCCGCGAUGUGACCUCCGAUUUCAUAUCGUUUAAAGCUCCAGAUGAAAAUCCGCCAGUUUCAAGCUUCAUUCCUCGAUCUUUGCCUGGUUGCUCUACUGGAGACCAGCGCGCUCCCAAAGACAUCACCGAGUUGCGGCAAACAAUCAGGAGCAAAGAGUACCGAACAAAAAAGCAGAUUCUCUCGGAUCUGUACGAGGCAAGUGAGCAGUCGCUGAUGAUUCGGCCGAAUGCCUCCAAGCUCAGCAACCGGCCGAUGCCGAGCGAAAUUAAAAACACCAUAGAAACUCUGAAGUUCAAAAAGCCGGUUCCGCAGUUCUUCACUAGAACGGAAAAGCGACUCUUUCAUACUCCGGGAGUUUAUUUCGCUGAGACCAAAGGCAGCAAUCCAGUGUCGAUCGGAACAGGAGAAGGAAGCAGCGAACAAGGAGGGUCCGAAGCCACGCUGGAUAUUCUGCAGCCGACACACGAGCUCCGGUCGCAUAACAGUAAUUACUAUGCGGUUGAUUCAGGGGCCCAAACCGAUGUUUCCCCGGCAUGUCCUUGCCCAAAGAAGGACAAGAAGAGCUUGAAGUGGAAAAUCAUCAUCAACAAGCACUCGGAUUGUAAACGUUAAUGAUUCAAAAAAAUACCCCUAAAAAAUUAA